UUCUAGUCUUUCUCGUUUACUUGGCAGUUGGCAUACACAGCCGUAGUUGCGCUUGAGCAGAGAGAGAGAGAGAGUGGUAGAGUGACGGCGUCGUUGAGAGCAAAGAAAGAUGAACACAGACAUCACCGCUUCGACGAAGCCAGAGUACCCGGUCAUCGAUCGGAACCCUCCCUUCACCAAAGUAGUCGGAAACUUCAACUUCCUCGACUACCUCCGGUUCACAACCAUUACUGGCGUCUCCGUCACCGUCGGCUACCUCUCCGGGAUUAAGCCGGGGAUUAGGGGACCGUCGAUGGUGACCGGAGGUCUGAUUGGGCUGAUGGGAGGGUUCAUGUACGCGUACCAGAAUUCGGCUGGUCGAAUCAUGGGAUUCUUCCCCAACGACGACGAGGUAGCUCGUUACAAAAAAUGAUGAUGAUUUCCCAAGAAUAUUGUUUACCUUUUUUCUUAGUGCUUUGGAAGAAUCUAAGAAAAAAUCCCCCUCUUUACGGACAGUAUUUCCCAUAACAUUUCUCCCAAAAUCAUACAUUUUGAUGACGUUAAUAAUCAGAAUGUUGAACACAUUGUUUUCAUAUCUAUUUGUGAUCUAGUCGCGGUGUUGUUA